UUCAAUCAAAAAAAACCUCAAAAAUAAACUCCAGAUAAAAGUGUUGUUUUUGAUUGAAUAUCAUUUAUUUUAACUUAUUUUAAUACGUGAUAGGCUAGCYCAACGCUUAGGCAGACAAAAUGGAAGGCAAAAGCUCUGGAACUCAUUUAAAAACAAGCGAGAAGGUUCUUAAAUCAGUGGUAAAACUGUUUGUUCAAUUGUCUACUCCCAACUACAGCAUGCCAUGGCAAAUGAAGAGACAACAGCAAGUUUUUGGCUCAGGAUUUAUUAUAUCAAACAGAAGAAUAUUAACCAAUGGUCAUGUUGUUGCUUAUCAAAAAUCUGUAAGAGUUCGCAAACAUGGUGAUGCCAARAAGUACAAUGCCCAUGUCGUACAUGUUGGACAUGAAUGUGACAUUGCUAUGCUUGGUGUUGAAGAUGACAAGUUCUGGAAAGAUCUCUAUCCAUUACCUUUCGGUAAACUCCCAGACCUUGAAGAAGAUGUGGUGUGCGUUGGUUUCCCUACUGGAGGGGAUAAUAUUAGUGUUACGAGGGGUGUGGUAUCCCGCGUAGAAAUGCAGAGAUAUGCUCAUUCUGCUGUGGAGCUGUUAGCCAUUCAGAUUGAUGCAGCUAUCAAUAGUGGUAAUAGUGGUGGACCAGCAUUACAAGACGACAAACUGAUUGGAAUUGCAUUUGAGACCCUUGACAAUGCCGAGAACAUUGGCUACAUCAUACCUGUGACAGUCAUAGAUCAUUUCCUAGAAGACAUAGAAAGAAACAAAACAUAUUAUGGAUUCUGUAGGCUAGGUAUAAAAUGGCAGCCUAUAGACAGCGAACACAUGCGAUCCUACUUUAAGAUGACUACAGACCAGACUGGGGUGUUAGUUACCAAGGUGUUGAACCUGUUUAGCUGCAGCAAAAAGGUCAUUAGAGGAGAUGUACUGAUGGCAAUAAAUGGGGAGUCUGUAGCUGAUGAUGGAACGGUCCAUUUUCGAGGAAACGAAAGAAUUCUAUUCGAUUUUAUUCUCUCCAACAAAUUCGUGAAUGACAAUUGUGAGCUUUCAAUUUUGAGACAAGGAAAAGAAAUAAAAGUGGAUGUUCAGUUGGAUAAAGUCACAACACUCGUACCRACACAACUCUACGACAAAAGACCAAGCUUCCUGGUGUUUGCUGGGCUGGUAUUUGUGGCUCUUUCCCAGCCCUACAUGCAGCACCAGUAUGGGAAGGACUGGGCACGAAARGCACCCAUAAGACUUUGCGAUCGUGUUCUAUAUGGAAUCUUAGAACAACCUGAUCAAGAAGUGGUGAUUCUAAGCCAGGUACUAGCAUCUAAGUUAACGACUGGAUACGAAAACCUUUCCAACAUUCAACUGUACAAGGUAAACGGUAUCGCGAUAUUAAACCUUAAACACUUGGCAUCAGUAUUAGAUCAAGUAACACAGCCUAUACUCCAGAAGGCUAAAGACAGCAAAGGCGACAGCUCGCAACCCCAACCCCAAGAAACUACUGAUAGUAAUGAGUCAUCCUGUAACGAGGGUUUUGGGUCUACCGAAACUGAGACUUCUGAUGCGCUCAAUGAACGAGAGAAGGGGUCCUAUAACGAAGAAGACUGUAGGAGUGACAAAAUCACCCGCAAAGAAAUACUUCGUUCUGAAACUGUAASCCCAACAAGUGAAACCCGGACCUUAAUUACUGAGAGACCUCAUGCAUUGAAUAUUGUAUCUACCUCUCAUUUUGGGCCGCGGGGGCUCACUUGUUUCGUAAACCGACACGAAGGUAGCGCGGGUCUGGAAGAUGACCCCACCCUACUCAGUCGUGAUGACUAUCUACACUUUGAACUCGACAAGGAUAAAAUYAUCGUACUACCAAUUGAAACCGCAUGUAAAAACUCGCCUGAGAUACUUAAACAAUAUUCUAUUGGACAGUCUCGGUCUGAUGACCUUGUGUCGUCAAACUAACCAGGAUGUAGUCCACAAUAGAUUUUUUACCUUUAGUGCAAUGUUUUCCCAUUUCAGACUAUCUGUCAUUACCUUGAGUAUCAUUCCUUUGUUUAACGGUUGCACAUGAGAAGAAACAUGAAUAUGGAUACAACUCAAAGAAAGAAUCUCA